ACAGCGCCAUUUUGUUUAUUUUCGGGGUGUCGGUGGAGGAGGAGGGGUGGUGGAAAGCCAAUGUAAAGCCGCCUGGAAGGGUUUGGUGUUUACCCCACCCCUACCCCCUGCCCCUGGGGGGCGUGAGGUGCUGCUGGGACAAUGUUUUACGCCCACUUCGUUCUCAGCAAGCGUGGGCCGCUGGCCAAGAUUUGGCUGGCGGCCCACUGGGACAAGAAACUGACCAAGGCCCAUGUCUUCGAAUGCAACCUGGAGAGCAGCGUUGAGAGCAUCAUAUCUCCCAAGGUGAAGAUGGCUUUGCGGACGUCUGGUCACUUGCUGCUGGGGGUGGUGAGGAUUUACCACAGGAAGGCCAAGUAUCUGCUGGCAGACUGUAACGAGGCAUUUAUCAAGAUCAAGAUGGCAUUCAGGCCAGGUGUGGUGGACCUACCUGAGGAGAAUCGUGAAGCUGCCUACAAUGCCAUCACCUUACCUGAGGAGUUCCAUGACUUCGACCAGCUGCCUGAUCUGGAUGAUAUAGAUGUGGCGCAGCAGUUCAGCCUGAACCAGAGCCGCGUGGAGGAGAUCACCAUGAGGGAGGAGGUGGGCAACCUCAACCUGCUGCAGGAGAACGACUUUGCGGACUUUGGCAUGGACGACCGCGAGAUGAGGCUGGAGGCGAGUGCGUUUGAGGAUGACAUCAUCACUGGGGCGUCGACCACCAACCUGCUCCUUGAACCCGAGUCCAGCAGCGGUCAGAUGACCGACAAGUCCAACCACCUGGAGUUCGACCAGUACAAGGACGACUUUGGGGACAACCCCAUGGAGAGCAGCGAGGGCGGCAUGCUGGUUGACAAGCUUCUGAGCAACGAGGAUGGUGGUGGGAUCUUCGACGACCCCCCAGCCAUCACAGAGAAUGUGAUGAUGCCAGCUGGCGAGCCCGGUGGCGACGACGACGACGACUAUGACAACAUGUCUGCUGGAGGUCCCGACAGCCCUGAUAGCCCUGUGGGGCAGCUGCCUACCAUGACGGACCAGGCGGAGCAGACUGAGACCACCCUGGUGCACAACGAGGAGGAGGCCUUCGCCCUGGAGCCCAUCGACAUCACAGGUCAGUCCAAACUGAAGGAGACCAAGGCGAAGCGUAAGAGGAAGCUGAUCGUGGACAGUGUGAAGGAGCUGGACAGCAAGACCAUCCGCGCCCAGCUGAGCGACUACUCGGACAUCGUCACCACGCUGGACCUGGCGCCGCCCACCAAGAAGCUGAUGAUGUGGAAGGAGACCGGAGGAGUGGAGAAGCUCUUCUCCUUACCCGCACAGCCCCUCUGGAACAGCCGACUGCUCAAGAUGUUCACGCGCUGCCUGACGCCGCUGGUGCCGGAUGAGCUGAGGAAGAGGAGGAAGGGCGGCGAGGCCGACAGCCUGGAGGAGUUCCUCACGCGCCUGGAGAACCCAGAGGUGCCCCGCGCGGACGAGGCCGUGGGACAGCAGCAGAGCGUCAUCGACCAGACCAUCCUAGAGGAGCCAAGUGCACUGCAGACAUCGGCCAUGGAGGGCAGCAGAACCGCGGCCCUGGAUGAGACCAUGAUGCCCCCUCCCUCUGCCAUCCCGGAGAAGCGCAAAGCCCCGGACACCUCCGAUAACAUGUCUCUGAUUGACGAUGACCGGGCGUCCAUCAUCUCAACGCAAGUGCCCACCCAGCCACCGGAGGAGCCGCAGACCCUGGCACAGCUCAUCCCCGAGCUAGACCUGCUGGGGGAGAAGAAGGACAAGAAGGACGACGAGGAAGAGGAGGAGGAGGAAGAGGGUCAGGGAGGAGACCAAGACCAGGAGGAGAGGCGCUGGAACAAGAGAACGCAACAGAUGCUACACGGCCUUCAGAGGGUUUUGGCCAAGACGGGAGCGGACUCCAUCAGCCUGCUGGAGCUGUGUCGCGAGAACAACAAGAAGCAGGCGGCGGCCAAGUUCUACAGCUUCCUGGUCCUCAAGAAGCAGCAGGCCGUGGAGCUCAGCCAGGCCGAGCCCUACAGUGACAUCAUCGCCACGCCCGGGCCGCGCUUUCAUAUCGUCUAGAACAGUACAGUGUUGCUCAACGGACGCGGUCCAGCCCUCCCUAGGGGGGUCUUGGGGAGGAAACAGCUGAGAGGCUGCGGUGCUAAGUUGCCUUCGGGGGGAAUAAGUCCAUUCAUUGUUUUAAUAUUGGGGGUGGGGGGUUGUCAGGCUGGGGAGGGAGGCUUGUGAUGAGGCCAGGGUGGGUGUUUGUUCAAAAAGGGUUGAGAACCACUAUAAGACGUACUUUGGCCAUCCACUAUCAGUACCAGACGACCCAUGCUUUCAUACUGUAUAGAAGACCUACUGUUGAACAUCCACCAUCAAUAUCCGACCCGUGCUUUCCUUUCGUCUAGAAUAGUGUUCCUCAAUGGGGGCUCUUUAGCCCCACAGGGGGCGUUGGGGAGACAGGGGGGCAUAGAUUCUAGACUGACUUCAUUAGUUGUCCCGGGCCCAGGGAGAGGGAGGGGGGCACAGAAUUGGGUCCUUAUUACAUUGUAUGUACUGGGCUGCGGGCCCCUUUCAGAUGACUUUGUCCUGGGCCCGGCCAAAGCAGUCAGCGGCCCUGGUCCCACCCAGCAGCCUAAUGUGAAGAUCUAAUUUGAAAAGAAGAGGGAAAAAAGUCCAAAAAAAGUUCUCGGAUUACCGGAGUUAGCUAAUUUAGCUAACAGCAGUUUUGUUUUGCUUGCAUAUCAGGGGGGUAGUUUGUGUAUUGUGCAAGUGAGCUGCAUUAUGAAUGCCUUCGCCUACUGAAAGUGCAGAAGGUAUGCUGUUGUAUGGCCACACUUGUAGCUGUCCAUCACAGAUUAUUGUUGCACAGUGACAGUGACUUGUAGGGGUGGACAGAUUUUGACCAAAUCUUGUGUGCUGCUUAUACUGUACUCUAUGAAAGGUUCUGAUUGACCUUUGGAGGACAAGACUUUCAAAAUGGACGUGUACGGUAGCUGUCGAUAACAACAGUUUACAACGUUAUAAUGGUCAAGAAUAUGUCAAGGCAUCAAGUUGUACCGCAUUAUCAAUUAGGCUUAGCACUCUUUUACCAGUGAACACAAAACGUGUGAGGCCUUGUGUGUGAAUGAGCCACUGAUCUAGGUAACUUCAAAAGUGUUGCCAGAUUUGUCUGACCAUCUCCAGCCCACAUGGUGCUGAAAAAUUGUCUGGAGGCACUACAUUCUGCCCAAUUUCAACUAAUUGUAUUGAUUUCGAUGGCCAUAAAACUGCAGAAAAACCCGCCCAAGGGACGUUUUUGACAAUUUUUUUACCUACAGACGGCCAUGCCAAGCAGCCCAAUUGGGGGGGUAACCUGGCAACACAACUUAGGGAAGUGGUCAAGUAAGACUCUUCCUACUUACUGUGCGGUGUUUGGGUUUGGCCUCUUCUCUAGUUGACUGUACUUACUUACUGUUCAUGAGUUUAUUUCUGUGGGUUUAUGAAGUGUCCCUGUGGUCUAUGUGCUGCUUUGUGUCUUCGUUUGGGAUCUUAAUGGUCUGAAUGAAGGAUGGAUGUUUUUUUACGUUGACGUUUUAAAAGAGGUUUUUUUCCCAACCCACGUUUACAUCUGUCAUGCACUAUUUGCCCAAGAGUUUUUUUUCCCCAACUUGUCUCCAAAUGUUGACUUUUUUUUAGUUUGCCCUAUCAGCAUUUAAAUUACAUACUAACACAUUGCUGAAAAAAGAAACAAUUCCACUUGGGCACACUGUAACAGAAGCAUAUUGGAAAUGCUUGAGAUUGUUAAACAGUAAAGAUACAAGGUACUGUUUGUUUGUCUAGCCUUUUGGACUUUUAAAGUCUUUUUAAACUGUUGAUUGUUGGAGAUUUAUUUUCUCCAUUUUGCAUGUAAACCCCCCCAAAAAAGAAGUAUUACCCUUUAAAAGUUACUUAUUGUACUGAGUUUACCGGUGCAGUGUAGUUGUUAUCCAAAUGAUAAUUACAGAUAUACAAAGGAAUAAUCAUAUUAGUGUCUACCCAACACCCCACUACUUUCAUUUGGUUUUGUUAAUUGUGUUACAGCAGCGUGCACAUUUACAUUACACCUUUAUAGCUAAAAAAGGGAAUAAAACACGUAUUCAGACAGCUCAAACUCAAUAGUCUAUUAGUAUGCAUGGGGACACUAGAAUUGAUUGCCUUUGUUGUUUUUUUGCACAACUGUUAAGUGAAUAUAAUCUUUUCUGUCUCAACAGAAAAAAAACACUAUGUAUUGCACUUUUUAUUUUAUUUACGGCACUAAGGGUGAAAUUAUCCGCAUGUCACGUAGCAAAAUAUAGGUAGCAUUCAGUUUGAGUGUUCUUUUUUUUAAAGCUAUUUGGACUUAUGUGUACACAUACUGUGUUAUGUUGUUGGGCUGGGAGAGCACAACUACAGAAUUAAGAAACUCAAAUUGCACCCAUGUAUUUAACGGCCUACAUUCGUCUGCUUUGUUUCCAAGCACUUUUCUUUAAAUUAUGUGUCGAUCAGAUUUGUUUUGGUCAUGGUGCUGUUAGCCUCUCAAAUGUUCUUGAACCCAGCAACAGAAUUUCAUGUCCAUUUUCAUUUGAGGUGCCUGUUAUUUUUGGUCUGUAGAACAAAAAAAAUAAACUUAAGUGUAUCCUUUGAAGUGUCUUUGCCAGUGUAAGCUAAUUGUAACAUGCUGAGAAACAUGUUUUGCUAUUAUGCUUGUAGUAAACAAAACAAUUCCAAACAA